AAAAAAAAACAAGAAGAAUAGGAAGAAUAGGAAGAGACACGUGAGAGAAUAUUUUGAGAUGGGAAGUUUGGGAGAAGAAGAUUUAGAGAAGCUUGUGCUAGAUUAUAUCGAGUCAUCUCAGGUCACAGCCUCCUAUCAUACGGACAAGUCUUCAACAGCUCUUAUCAGUCUUCAGGAGAUUAUUGGAGAAAAAAGAGAAGAGGAGAAGAAUCUUGAAGAGAAGAUAGAGUCGUUUAUGGAGAGAAAAAGAUUAUCAUACGAAGGAGACGAUGAGAAGAGAGAUGUGAUGAAAAAGAUUGUCUCUAAACUCAGAUCUGACGGCUACGAUGCUUCAUUCUCCAAAACCUCAUGGGACUCUUCUUUUGAUCAUCUUGAAGGGUGUAGAGUGUUUAGGUGCACGAGGAAGUAUGAGUACAUUGACGUCAUGGUGAAAGGUGAUGGCGACGGGGAUGACAUAAGCCAGCUGAGACGUGUGAUAGUUGAUCUUGAUUUCAAAUCUCAGUUUGAGUUGGCGAAACAGACAAAAGCUUACAAAGACAUGACGGAGCUGCUUCCGACAGUGUUCGUGGCGACAGAGGAAAGACUCAGGAGAGUGGUUUCGUUGGUUUGUGGUGAGAUGAAAAAGUCGAUGAAGAAAGAAGGAAUGUCUAGACCACCAUGGAGGACUUCGAGGUACAUGCAGUCCAAGUGGCUACCUGAGAAUCGUCGAAGAGUCUCUAGCUGUAAGAAAGGGUCUUGGUCUUGGUCUGUGUUUGAUGAUGGUGGUGAAGAAGCUAGGAGCUGGACAAUGAAUGGUAGUGGUUCCAAAACUAAGUGUUGUUUUCCUAUUUUCUGAGAGGAAUGCGCAGCGUUUUUUUGUUUUCGUUUUUAUGAGUACUUCAAAAAGUAAAAACAAUUGAUCGGAGUUGUUUUUUGUUCGUUGCUUUGCUUCGUACGAUUAUUUCUUUUUUUGGGGGGUGUUCUGGAGAUUUUUGUGUUGCCUUAAAGAAAAAAACUAAAAGUGGGGCUUGUUGUGUCAGGUUUUUUCUGAUGUUCUAUCAUUGCAUCUUCUACUUGUA